AUGUCUGCUGAAGAAGAUCUCAUCGACUACUCUGACGAGGAGCUUCAAGCAACCGAAGCCCCCGCCGCCGCCGGCGCGACAAAUGGAGCUGCAAAGAAGGGCGACUUGACAGUCACUGGCGGAAAGGCAGCAGACAAGGGUAAAGGCAGCUAUGUCGGCAUCCAUUCCACCGGAUUCAGAGAUUUCUUGCUCAAGGGCGAGCUGCUACGAGCUAUCACCGACUGCGGUUUCGAACAUCCUUCGGAGGUCCAACAAAAGUGUAUCCCUCAAGCUCUUCUCAGCGUCGAUAUUCUUUGUCAAGCCAAGUCCGGUCUCGGUAAAACAGCCGUCUUUGUCUUGACCACCUUGCACCAGCUGGAACCAGUCCCUGGCGAAUGCUCCGUGUUGGUUAUGUGCCACACCCGAGAGCUGGCAUAUCAAAUCAAGAACGAAUACGCAAGAUUCAGCAAGUACCUCCCGGACGUCAAAACAGCGGUCUUCUAUGGCGGCACUCCUAUUCAGAAGGAUAUCGAGCUUCUCAAGAACAAGGAGACAUUCCCUAACAUCAUAGUUGGAACUCCGGGCCGACUCAACGCCCUUGUCCGCGACAAGGUUCUAUCUUUACGCAAUGUGAAGGCAUUUGUCCUCGACGAAUGUGACAAGAUGCUUGAUCAGAUCGACAUGCGUCGCGACGUCCAGGAGAUCUUCCGAGCGACUCCUACCGAGAAACAAGUGAUGAUGUUCAGCGCUACCCUGCCUGCCGAGAUUCGACCGAUUUGCCGAAAAUUCAUGAGAAACCCUCUGGAAGUCUUCGUUGACGACGAGACCAAGCUCACCCUCCACGGUCUCCAACAAUAUUCUAUCCGGCUAAGCGAAGGCGAAAAGAACCGAAAGCUGAACGAGCUGCUUGACAGCCUCGAGUUCAACCAGGUCAUCAUCUUCGUCAAGAGCACUUUGCGUGCCACCGAGCUCGACAAGCUACUGCGUGAAUGCAACUUCCCUAGCAUUGCAGUGCACUCUGGGAUCAGCCAGGAAGAGCGGAUCAAGCGAUACAAAGAGUUCAAGGAAUUCAACAAACGGAUCUGUGUGGCUACAGAUGUAUUUGGCCGUGGUAUCGACAUCGAGCGUAUCAACCUCGCCAUCAACUACGAUCUGCCGGCAGACGCUGAUUCAUAUCUUCACCGCGUGGGUCGUGCUGGCCGUUUCGGCACGAAGGGUCUGAGCAUCUCUUUCGUCAGCAACGAGCAAGACGAAGCUGUGCUGAAGGAGAUCGAGCGAAGAUUCGACGCCAAAGUUCCGGAAUACCCAGAAGGCGGCGUGGACUCGAGCACUUACAUGGCUUCUUAG